AUUUGUAUCGAUCGAUUUGUUUGUCUAUCACCGUAGCUCAGUGCAUGCAUGUUAAAGCAUUCAGCUGGUGAACCGCAGAUCUCGAGUUCAAAUCCCCCAGUCUUUUGUUCAUAUGUGUUGAAAUAAUUUUUUUGAAAAUCAUGUUUUUAUCCAAGUUUUUGCCUUUUUGACAUAUAUACUUAUUGUAUAUCAUCAUAUCUCUUGUAAUUCGUACAGAUUUGAGAAAUUAUUUCUGGGUGUAGUGAGCCAUUUUGGCAAAAAUUCAUUGUAUGAUUGAUAGGAUUAACUUCAAUUCUUUUUUUUUUAAAGAAACUUUUCAUUAAAAGAUCUUAUACUUCUAAUUCAUAGCUAUAACAAUUCAAGCAACGGAAGGGAGUGUUGUUCUCAAUUGAUACAAGACACAUUAUCAUUAACACACGAGUCUGACAUAGCCCAAGUUGAGUCAGAAUUGCCCAAAGAACUGAAGUUCAGAGAAAUGAGAUCCAUGUUAAUGACACAUGAUGGUUCUAGAUUGAUGUGUUUCCUCUGUAGAAAUAAACAAACAUAUUGCAUCUACUGUUAUGUAGUACCUGCCUGACUCAUAUAUUAUUUCAACUUGCAAUAUAUAAUUAUAGACUCAAUGAUUUGCAAACCAUGCAAUGUGCAGUGCUUGCAAUUGUGUGAAGAUGCAACCAUUAUUAUCAAAAAAUUAUCCUCCACCAGCAGGAUUCAUUUGUAGAUUUCUCCUGGCUGUCAUUCCAACACAUCAAAUCAAAGAGACGUAAAAUCUUGAGGAAUUUUUUGUGUGCCUCCUGCAAUCUCUAAUUUUAUCAGUCAUGUCAUCAGGAACUUGCUGCUGUAGAGGGAGAGAGAUCUAGUCCAUAUUGUGUCUGUUCCCCUGACAUGCCCCUAGUGAAAAGCAAUCUGCAGACAGAUGUUCAUGUCCUGGGCCUGUCUCAUCCAUGAGAAAGAAAAUCAAUAAAUCAUAAUCAACCCUCAUGACUGGAAUGUGACAAAUAUAUUUAAACAUAUUCUUACCUUUUUAAGACAGGCAUGAAAAUGAUCUAAAUUGCUUUUACUUUUAAACUGAUCUGCUUUCUAAAUCUGUGUGUCGACUCAGACCUGAUGUGAAAAAUGGCUUUUUUUUUCAUAUGCCAAUCAAAUUCAUGUGGGGAAAAAUCAGUUGACUUUUUGUUGUUGACAAAGUCAUAAACAGAAUGUACUUGUAUAUAAGCUGAUCAUUAUAUACUCCCAUGAUAUUUGACUACUGUUUUGAUGUAAAAAGUUCACCCCCUAUUUUUACUAAGGAUCAAAACACCAUUGAAAUCCAAUCAAUCUCUAUUGUAAGACUAAAGAGAUAUAUUAACACUAUUUUGAUACUUUCUGUAGACCAUAAAGGAUAUCACUAGAAUUGUGUGAUAAUCAUGACAUUUUCAUGAACUUGGAAGGAAACAUUUUUUUUUAUCCACAUUACUCAUGAAAGGAAUGUUGUUACACUGGAGAGUCAUUUAUAAUGAAAACUUUUUUGAUGAUGAACAGAUGUGAGUAAGGAAUCCUGGAAUUGAGAGUGAGGAUUUUCCAUCUGAUAAACCAUCAGUAGCACUGCAUAAUCUGAACUUGUGGGUCACUAUCCCAGAUUUCACUUUACCACAGGAUAUUAUUUCUGGAGAGUAAGGAAAGUGUGUACCAUUCGCUAACAAGCUUCAGAAGAGUGGAAAGAGUGAUAAAGGAGUAGGGUUCUCACAAUCGGAAAACUUAAAGGAAGAACUAUGGGAAAUUCUUCGGGAAAAAAUAAGAAAAACAAAAAGGGAAAAGAUGAAAAAGAAGAACAAACAGCGAAUGAGCAAACAGAACAGAAACAAGGGGAAGAGGCAGCCAACAAACAAGGAGAAGACAAACCUGCAGAGGAGGCAUCCAAUGACAAAGAAGAAGACAAAGCAGGUGAUGGAGGGGCCGGAGAGAAGAAAGAGGAUGAACCAAAGAAAUCAGGAGGACUUGUGCCACUGGGCGUUGAUAACCGGUUGCCAUGGAAAUAUGUGACAAUGAAAGUCCUUGGUGUAUUGUGGUAUUUGGUGUGUAUGUUUGUCAACCCAUUGUCUGUAUAUUUCUGUCAGGAAGCAGGAGAAAAAGCAGAAGAAGAUGCAAGUGAAAAAUCGCCAAAAAAUACUAGCACUGAUAACACAGAGGAAAAGAGUAGUGAGCAAAAAAUUGAAAAAAGUUAUGAUACCAAAUCUGAGGAAAAGGUAGGGGAAGCUAAGGAAUCACAAGACACUGAGACUAAAAAGUCUCCUAGCAAAGAAAAAUCUGACAGUCAAAAUGAAACAAAGGAAGAGGCAGCCAACCCAGAUAAAAAAACUGCACAGCCUGUGGAUCAGUCUUCUAAGACAACAGAAGGAAGAGUAACUGAGCAGUGUAAACCUAAUGACAGUGCUGCAGAUCCCAUUCCUCCACUUGCUCAACCAGAAGAAGAAGAUCUAGAUACACAACCAACAACAAACAGGGAUGAAUCAAAGGAAGUAGUUGAAGAGAAGUCUCUAGAAUCAAAAGAGGCAGAGUCAGAAGAAAGACCAUCUCAGGAUAAAAAACCUAAUGAGGAUAAAAAACCUAUUGGAGAAUUACAAGAAAAACUUACAGAAUCACCUGCAGAAAACGCUGAGGAUCCUAAUGAACAGGUUAAUGUAGUGUCAGAAGAACCUACAGCUGCUCAAAAUGAACAACCUUUACAACCUUUAAAAUCUAAGGAAGAAAAACCCAUUGAAGAGGCAGAGAACCAACCCAAAAUUUCAGUUCAAGAAGGGGUUCCAGAGGCAGUUGAAGAUGCAUGUAAAACACAAGUUCAAGAAACAGAGAAAGUAGUCCUAGAGGAAACAACAAAUGCUCAAGAGCAAUGUUCAGAAUCAGUUGAGGAAAAUUCUGAGGAGAUUAAAACAGAACCAUAUAACAGUGAUGAAACUGAAAAAGUAGUUGCAGAGAAGGCAACAGAUGCUCAAGAGCAAUGUUCAGAAUCAGUUGAGGAAAAAUCUGAGGAGGUUGAAAAAGAACCAUGUAAUGGUGAAAAAACUGAGGAAUUAAUGACAGAGAGGGCAACAGAUGCUCAAGAGCAACAUUCAGAAUCAGUUGAGGAAAAAUCUGAGGAGGUUGAAAAAGAAUGUGAAAUGCAACCAGAGGAAACAGUUGAGAAACCCACCUCUGGAGAAGUUGAAGAAACACAGGAGGAGGUUGUCAAUGAGAAAAUUCCAGAGGAACAAGAGUCAGAAUCUAAAGAGGAACCCAGUGAGGAUACACCCAAACCAGAUGAAACUCCCAAACCAGAUGAAACGCCUAAGCCAGACGAGACACCUAAGUCAGAAGAGACGCCUAAGCCAGACGAGACACCUAAGUCAGAAGAGACGCCUAAGUCAGACGAGACGACUAAGUCAGAAGAGACGCCUAAGCCAGACGAGACGCCUAAGUCAGACGAGACGCCUAAGCCAGAUGAACCAGAGCAAACCCCUCAGGAGGAAACUAAGGAGGAGGAACCCGCUGCAGAGGAAUCACAGGAGAUAGAGGCUCCUAAGGAGGUCUGCGAACCCCCACCAGCUGAGACUGAGGAACCCGUGCAAAAUGGAGUGGAAAAUGAUGAGAGUCAGAAGUUUGCCACAGAAUUCCGAUGGGAAGGUGAUGGAGAGACUGUUAAAGUGUCAGGUUCAUUCAAUGAUUGGAAGGAGGAAGUGCCUUUAGAGAAAAAUGGGGAUAAUGUGUUCCGGACCAUGAUUGAUCUGCCCAAGGGAGAGUAUGUCUUCAAAUUUAUUGUGGAUGAUAAGUGGAUAGUUAGCUCGGAUCUGCCAACCAAAUCUGCAAAUGAAGGAGUAGAAAACAAUGUGGUGGUAGUGUCCGGUUGAUCCAGUCUCCCCUCACCUUAUACAGACACACCAUCAUGUUCCGCCUUGUUCUCUGUGACAUUCCAAGCAUACAGAUUUUGAUCAGUGGACAUACUUUCUUGUUUCUGAGAAAUUCUAAUCAUAACUCCCAAAGCAAAUCAACAAUUUUUUGACAAGCACUCUUGUGAGGGUUUAUGAGCUCAGUGAGUGCUCUUUUUAUAUAUAUAUUUUUUUGGACUGGGUUACCUUGAGGAAUCAUGAAGGUCUAACUCCAUCCUCGGAAUGCUUUUAAUAUGCCACAAUCUUUAAUCCAUCUAUGUUUUUAUGCUUUAAAAGUGUGAAUGUAUGUGUUCAUGUCAAACUUAGAAGUGGAAUAUUUAGUCUCUCAAAAAUCCCAUAUAGUUUGAUGAAAACAAGAUAUGUUGCCAGUGCAUGCUCUAUUGUGGUUGAUGUGUCAUGCUAGUUCUAGUGGGAAGUAUUUCAUUUCAUAAUCUAUUUCAAGGAAGCAAUGAUAUUUUACUUCCUUAAAUGAUCUUUGAAAGGUAGAACUCCAUGAUUUACAUUCCUUGUUCUAAAUACCUGUGAAGACAUAUCUUAUUUUUGUCCACUAUUCGGAAUAUUUCUGUGCAUUUUUUUCUCUAUCUGAGUUUAAAAAUCAGACCUAUAUUGUAUAUAGCAGAUCAGUAAACUAUAAGAUCUGAUUUCUGCAAACAGAUAGAUUUCUUGUUGUAUUAUAGGUAGGGUGAUACUGUUUUAAACUAAUUUUUCUGAACCCAGAAUAUUUCUUGGUUGCCUCGAAAUAAUUUGUGUAACAUAGAAUAUUCAGUUAAUCAAACAAAAUGUGAAAUAUUUAGGUAAACUUUUCAGGCAAAUACAGACCUUGAAAAAUCUAAAACAUUUUUUUCUUGUAAUCAUAUUUAUAGUACUUCACAGUAACAAGCAUAAUGAACACCGUAAGUUGACAUGAGUGUACAAUUUUAGGAUAUACUACAAAAUCUGGGAUUGUUAAAUUUGUUUAGAAUUGGUAUUCUCAUGAAUUAAUCUUAAUUUUGACAGUUUUCUUUCUCAGAAUGAGUCCGAAGUUUAAAUGAAGAAGCAUAUGGUUUGAGCAGUUGUUUUCAUAUGUCUUGUGGAUUUGACAUGCUUACUACAAGCAUCAAGAUAUAAUUGUCAUUGUAAAUGUACAGUCGGCACACUAGAGCAAGGUUUCAUUUCCAAAUGCAUGGUGUUGACUUUUUAUAUUAAUAUUAAUGUACCUGCCCUGAUACAUUUGUAUCAGUUGAUUCUUGGUGAUGUAACACAUUUUGAACGCAUUGGUAUGGUGGAGUAACAGAUUCAAGGGGAGAUAAUUCAUGUUCAUUUUUUUGCAAUGCAAUUUGUUGGAUAGUCAUAAUUAUUUUUGUAUAUAUGUGGUAUUUAUGUCACUCUGAGUGAUGUGCAUUUUUGAGUAAUGUGAGACUGCUCUCAUUUGAAAUUUGAAAUUCUGUACUCGGUAAAACCUUAAUUUUGUUACCAUUUGAUUAAAUUUAUCAUUACCCUCUCCCAAGAAGGAUUUAGGUAUGUUAUUUUAUCUUCAUCCCAAAAAUGUGUUUAAUUUCAGAUGUAGAGACAAACACUUUUCAUUUUCCAGCAAUUUAAUAUUAAAUUUUUGUAUCGGCCAAUGUCUACAAUUUAAAAAUUCUCAUUGUAAAGUUUAUUGUAUCGUAUUGUUAAUAUAUAAUUAGUGUUUGUUAAAUGUAACCUCUUAAAUAUCUAGUCAUUUUUAUACCUAAUGAGUGACACAAUGAUUUUGAAAAUUCCAAAGUAUUCAAAGUGGUAAACAGUGCUUGUAGUCAAAUGUAGUGUUAUGUAUGUCAUGAAAUAAAAUGUAACUUAAA